CUACUUAUCUUCAUAGAGGAUUUGACCAUCAGAUACUGUUACGCAGGUUCGGGGAAUUAUCUCUGGAGGUUAGGAGGGACAUUAAUUCUUUAAAAAUUUUGUAUCGGCUGUAUGGUACGCUGAAUUUUGAGUGGUUUUAAGCUAAGUAAAAUUUUACGUUCCCAAAAUUGAAAUCAGAUUUAGCCCUACAUUUCCUCUCCCUACACCUAGGACAAAUAUUUUGUUAUCUAAUCUAUCUAAUUAAAGGUUUUUUUAAUACAAAUUGGAGUGAAUUGUUUGCUAAAACGUGUUGUUACUUUCAAAUCAAGUGCCAUAUUCCUAUCUGAAAAUAAUUUAUUGCCCAAUUAAAAUUUUGACCUAUUCGAAUUUAUAAAUAAACGCACUGAUAAAACUAUUUCUAUAAGAGUAAACUGGUCUUCGUUUUUUAAUGUUUUGGUAACCGAAAUGGACAUAGUCGAUGUAAUUAAGUCAUAUUUUAUCAAUGAUAUAUAAUACAUACUUUCCUUUAUUUGCUAUCUAUAAUAAGAACUGAUAGUUUUAAGAAGCGUAGGCCAUGUUAAUAUUGACUAAACUAUAGUUUUAAAAUUGUCUGUUAUAAAAAGUUGAUAAGCAUAAACGAGCUUUAACGUUCUUAAUGUUCCAAUUUUCUCAAGUUUCUGUAACACUAUUUACAAAUCUUCUGGAUUAUGGAUUAUGGAAAUAUCUCACCCACAUGACUCUAAAAUUCUCCGUGUAUACGAACUCCCCAAGAUUCACAAACCAGGAUUACCCCUUCGACCUAUUGUCAGCACUAUUGGAUGUCUAUAAUAAUGUCUAUAAGGAUGUCUAUAGCAAAAUAUUUAGCUUCUACAUUAAAACACUUUACAGGAUCAACUGAUAGUUUCGUACUGAAUUCCUUUCAUUUCAUUAACAUCUAAACAACCAAUUAACAAUGAAAAACCAUUAUAAUAGAUUCAGAUGAUAUUCUGGUUAGUUUCGAAGUAGAAUGCCUUUUUUCUAUUCCUGAAACUCAGACAAUUAUUUAAGGUAUAUUAAAAUCCGAGAAUCCGAAACCAAUUUUUUUCAUUUUAAUUGAAAAAUUCUUGUCUGGAAUAUAUUUUUUUUGUAACAGUAAAAUUUAUGAAGAAACGUCGGGAACCGCUAUGGGUUCUCUAUUAUCAUCACGCAUUGCAAAUAUAUUUAUGAAAAAUUAUUUAAAUGCUACGUUGAUGAUACUUUUGUUAUCUGGCCUCAUGGUCAGAGAUUAUCAUCCGGCCUAAAAAUCAUAUCAACUACUGGGGCGUAAAACUAUCUCAUCCCUAGUCACUGAACUCAUCAUUAAAACACCUUACAUCCGCUCGUCUCCCUUACAAUUUACAUAACAAAAUACAUUUCACACCAACCUUCCCAUGAGAAUGAGUCCCCCAGGCAACACCACACUUUCCACUGUUGUCCUUCCUUACAUUCAAAACAUGACUGACCACAAAGUUCUUAAGAAAUAUAACGUCGAAACUAUAUUUACCAGUUGUCCAAUAAUCCCUCAGAGACGGACGAAAAAUAUCAACUAGGUGCAAAGAAUAUAAAAGACUCUUAGGACUGCGACAAAUAAACUUAUCAGCCGUUACCGAACACAAUCAUGAAACCGAUUAUUAGAUAAAACUACAAUUUUACGACCUAAAGAAAUAUAUGAGCAACUGAACCUUUAAUUAAUCAGUUAUCAAAGACAAUAUUCAUGUUUCUCCUUUAGCUCAACAUCAGCCCCCUCCCCCCCCCGCGACCGACGAAAAAUAUAUAAGCAAAAACAUAUUUGAAUCACCGUCAAUCAUUAGUAAUGUUUAAAAUAUUCUCUAAGUUUUCGAGAAAACCACCAAUGUUUCUUGAACAUAAUGAGAGUAUAAGCAAGGCAUCCGCGAUAUAUCACCCUGUAUUCAAACUUCAUAGAAAUUAGUAUAUUUAAGUUUCACACUCACUAAGUUGACAUUUUAUUCUUACAGAAAUCCCUAAUCCGAUAUUCAGCUUUAGAAAAUAGUCCCAGUUGUCCAUGACUUCAGGUUGAUGUAAUAACCAACAUAAGGUUUUAGUGCCUUCUCGACCGUAAACAAAGAUUUUGCAAGAAUGUACAAACACCCUGCAUUUAAACAUGAUAGCAAUUGCUAUAGUUGGGUUCUAAGUACUCCUGAAUAAGGUUUGAUUGACAAUUUAUUCUUCCAAAAAAACUUCUUUCUUUGAAUCUAGGCUGAAGCAAAAAACAAAACAAGCUUUUAGUGCAACAAAAAAAAAUGAAAAUUGAACCCUAAAUAAGGAUUUUACUAGGCUCUACGGUUCUAAAGUGGUUCACACUGUACAGGCUGAGUCAACGAUAGAGUCGUUCGUUUCAAAAGUUAGGAGAAUGUGACAAAUAUAAAAGUAGUAAAGAUUGUUAGGAUGCACAAUUUAAAAUUAUUUUAAAGUCAGGGUGGCCCAAAAAAGCGAGAUGAAUAAAACAUAUAUAUUUUUUAAAUGGAACACAAUAUUUUUAAAAACUUUUUUAUUUAUAAUAAUACACACCUAAACCCAAUAGUUUUUCCAACAUUUUAAUUUUUCUAAGAAAAUACUAGUUUUCACAUUCACAAAAAAAAUAUUUAAAUUUUUAUUUUAAAAGUAGAUCACACAAAUUUGAUUUUCAAGUUAUUUCAAGAUGGCGUCAUGAACAUGAUGAAAUCUGAAUUAGAUGCCAGAGGGUGUACAAAAUAAUCGAAUGUACUUGGAUCAUUUUGAAUUAUAAAAUCUCGAUUUUCUUAAAUGGCACACCAUAUAUACUAUUAUUUUCAAAAAUCUUUAUUGAGUACGGAAUAUGCAAAUUUUUAAUACCUUGCGAUUGCGAUUUAUUUUAACUUUUCCGUCAUUUACCCUGAUUUUUGUCUAAUGCUAUUGCUAUGAGAUUAGUUGGCCAUGACAAAAUGACAUUGUCAAAUUUUUACCUGGCAACUGAGUAAAUAACUUCAUAAAAUUUAUUGUAUACGUUUUCCUAUAGCUGAAUUAAUUGAUGUAAUAUAUUUAUUUAUAAUACUCUUCAGUGUUUAAUGGAACGGUUUGAUGCAAGUAGUAAUAAGAUAAACGGAAAGUGAAAUGACAAUGACAAAACAUAAUUGAAAAUUUUACUUCAUACUAACAUACCGUUAAACGCACCACUAGAAAACAGAAAUGUCAUCCAUUCCAUAUGGAACCACACGAAGAAUUUGUAGACCGUGAUUGUUCGCGCAAAAAUAUUUUAUUAUUACUAUUUUGCUUUCGUAACUUAGUUUAGUUACUAAAUCGCGACACUUCUUCCCGCGCAAGCCAAGCUGCUCUUUUAAGUAGUGACGCUGAUGGACAUGUUUCCUCUUUAAAAAAAACUAGAGUUUUACAAGUUUCCAUAAGUGCUAAAACACUCGCAGUAGUGCAAGAUUACCCUGCCUUCGGUUCGUGCGGGGGUACCACGCGGCUACGAGACCAGAAACCACCGCUAAGUGCCCAUAAUCGCCAGUUUUGACCAGUUGUGUGUUCGUUUACUUUUACAACCUGUGGAGAUUUUCUCCUUUUUCUAGGGAUAAACACGUAAUUUAAUUUCACUACAGUCCGCUAACUAAAUUUACGUUCUUCCUUGUCCAGUGAUUUUGAACAAACGGUAGGUUUCUGUACCGUUAUAAAUGAAACAAUAGCGGCGCACAGUAUUUUUGUCUAAAAUAAUGUCUACUUUGGUGCAGUUACUCGUCAUAACAUGCGUUAUUAUCCAACAGUUAAUCCAUUCUUGAAAUGCGAAGUGCAAAACCAAAACAAAAAACCAAAAACAAGAAGUUCAUAACAAAUGUGGUUUGAGCAAGAUGACCUCAUCCUCAUUACCAUCGAGAAGAGAAUUUUUAAAUAAUCAUUACAGAAAUGGAUCUGUAGAGGUGUAUUCAUUGUGUAUGUGUCUUGGCUAAUAGUUUUGUCAUAGUCAACUAAUAUCAUAGCAAUAGUCUUAGACAGAAAGAAGCGUAAGUAUUGGAAUAGUUAAAAUAAAUCGCAAAGUAUUAAUAGGUAUGUGAUAUACCUAAUAAAAAUUGUAGGUUUUUGAAAGAUCUUGUGUGUCGUUUAGGAAAAUCGAGAUUAUUCAAUUUAAAUUGAUGUGACCACCCUAUAGCAUCUAAUUCAAAUUCCGUUGCAUAUAUCUUUUACGUCAUCUUCGAAAAACGCUGAUGUCAAAUAUGAGUGAUAUAUGUUCAAAAAUAUUUUUUUGAAAAUGUCAAAACAGAAACGAUUAAAUUAGAGCAUUUCGAAACGAAUUCAAAACAAAAUUUAAAAUUGUAUGUUUCAUUCGUCCCGUUUUUUUGAGCCACCCUGUAUAAUUUGUAAUAAUUAUAAAUUGUGCAGCCUAUCAAUCUUUACAACUUUUGUAUUUACCAUUUGCUUUGUGCGGUUUUCGUUGAGACACACUUGUAAGACUCGCGAAACGUAACGUGGAAUUCUCUGAGCCGUCCCUGGCAGAUACAUUAACCGCUGCAAUUAUUUAAAGAAACGCAUCGAGCAUCCGUCAGACAUUUCGUCGAUAUCGUCAGCUCAGCGCGUGCGAAAACUUUAUUGUAUUUUCUGAUAAUACUCGGAAAUGAAUAACGGACUUAUCAUUAUUUUUGUGCUGUUUUUUGUGGCAUGCGGAUACGGUGCGAACGUUUUGAUCAUUUAUCCCAUGCCGGGAAAAAGCCACUACAUACUGGGGAAUAGUUUGGCAAAGGGUUUGGCGAACCACGGAUUCAACGUGACUCUUGUGAGCCCGUUUGAAGAAAAACACCCUCCGGAGAACUUUAGUCAAAUCGUCUUGGAUGGAGUUCUAGAGAAGUUGGAGGGGAAGCGAAUUGAGAGGAAUUUCAGUUUAUUUGAAUUUGGAGAUACCCCACCAAUACUUCAAAGCUUGUUUUUGAACAGCAUGUGCCAGGAAAUUACCGAAGAAUUCUUCGCACAUCACAAAGUGCAAAAUCUGCUUAAAUCCCAAGAACGUUUUGACGCAGUCGUAGUGGAACAGUUUGUAAAUGAUGCCCUGAAGAUUUUCGCUUAUCACUUCAAGGCACCUCUAAUAAUUGCAAGCAGCCUAGGACCCAAUUUUUGGAUAAACGGUUUGGUUGGAAAUCCGGAACCGCCAGCUUACGUGCCAAACUUGUUUUUAAAUUUCGAUAACGAAAUGAGCUUCACCGAACGGUUGUAUAAUUUUUUGUUUGGAAUAUUUAGCCAAUUGAAUACGCAUUUACUAGUUUAUCCGAGUCAAAAUAAUAUAUUGAAGAAAUAUUAUCCCGAUGGCCCAGAUCUCAACGACGUCAUAUAUAAUGUCUCCUUAAUCUUCCUGAACUCUCACGAAAGUAUUAAUGGACCGGUUCCGAUAGUUCCGAAUAUGGUUCCCAUCGGAGGGUACCACGUUACUCCAUCCAAAAAGUUACCGAAAGAUUUGCAACUCUUCCUGGAUAAUUCGAAAGACGGUGCCAUCUAUUUCAGUUUGGGCUCUAAUGUAAUUCCAUCUCAGAUGCCCAAUAUAACGAGGGAUACAAUUUUGAAAGUUUUGGGAUCCAGAAAGGAAAACAUUUUAUGGAAAUGGGACCAAGAUUCAUUACCUAAUAAGCCUCCAAACUUCAAGCUGUCCAAGUGGUUUCCUCAGCAGGAUGUAUUAGCCCAUCCGAAUAUUAAACUAUUCAUCACACAUUGUGGACUACUGAGCACCACGGAGACAGUUUACCAUGGAGUACCCAUUCUUGGUUUUCCCAUUUUUGGCGACCAACAAUUGAAUGCUGCGCGGGCAACCACUCUCGGAGUGGGAAAAUUUAUCGAUUUCUCUAAGAUAAACGAAAAUAAUUUGGAACAAGCUAUUGACGAAAUACUGGAUAAUCCAAAGUACUUACAGAAUGCGAAAUAUAGGUCCCAGCUAAUGCACGACCGUCCAGUUAAACCGAUGAAUUUAGCCGCAUACUGGGUCGACUAUGUUAUAAGACACAAGGGGGCACCACAUCUGCAAGUUGCUGGAGUUAAGUUGCCGUUGUACAAGUAUUUGAUGCUCGACGUUCUCGCAGCAAUAUUUGCCACGUUAUUCGCGCUUUUCUACUCAGUUUACAGAAUUGUGAAGUACUGUAGGGCUCCAAAAUUAAAAGAAAAGCAAAAUUAGUUGCUUCGGAAUAUAGCGAAUAUCUUACAGGCUUGUUUUGUGAUAUACGUAGGUUUAAUAUUAGGUCAUGCAAAGGCGCGAAAUGAAUUUAAUGGCGUGUAAAAACAUUGAACAACGGAAAAACUCAAGUAGCUUGUAAGAUUUUUUUUUAAUAUCUAAAUUUUAGAAGAAGGUAUUUGCAGUACUAGUAGCCCUUUAUUCCAAAGAACUUUAACAACUUCGUAAAUUUAGGGUCGCAAUUUGAACAAAGCAUGCAAUUGAGAUUUUAAGUCAAUUUAUAGUUUCUAACUUCUAUAUGGUUGUGUUCAACAUCACAUUAAAUUGUUUUUGUUUUAAUAUUA